UUGCUUCGGUUUAAUCAGAUAGUUUUAUUGAUCACCACGAUCAGUGCAUCUAAUAUCAAAGUUUGACAAAUCUCCAAUAUGUUAUUCUCAACCUAGUUUUUGUUACUGUUCUGCAGUUUGGAUACAACUUGCUACAAAAUAGAAACAAUGAUCGGCCAAAGAUUAGUGGUUAUUCUAUUCUUUUCACUGUGUUUUCAAGCAAUUUUGACUUUGGACAAUGGCGUGGGGAUCACUCCUGCAAUGGGUUUCAUGGACUGGGAAAGAUUCAGAUGCAACAUCGAUUGUUCUGACUUCCCGGAUGAGUGCAUCAGUGAGCAGCUGUUCAUGCAGAUAGCAGACGCCAUGGUGCAGAAGGGACUGGCCGCAGCGGGUUAUGUGUACGUGUCGAUUGACGACUGCUGGAUGAGCAAAGAGAGAACUGCGGAUGGGAAGUUGCAGCCAGACCCUAUCAGAUUCCCCAGUGGCAUGGCCUCCCUGGCCCAAUACAUGCAUGAGAGGGGACUCAAACUGGGAUGAGUACGCGCAGUACAAUGGACCCGGUCAUUUUAAUGACCCCGAUGAACUGCUGUUGGGGGACGGGGCUCUCUCUAUUGGUCAGCAGAAGAUCCAGAUGUCAGUAUGGUGCAUGUGGAGUGCACCCCUUCUCAUCUCCUCUGAUCUGAGAGUGAUAAGUGAUGAAUCACUGGCCGUACUUCUCAAUCAACACCUGAUUGACAUUGAUCAGGACCCUUUGGGAGAUUUUGGCAAGCGAGUGUUCACAAACAGCAACAACGAUCAGCAAGUAUGGGUGAAGAAAUUGAGCGGGAAAAAUGACUCACAAACUGUGGGGGGCAGUGGGGGUGCAUCUGUAAACGCUCUGUGUCUAUUCAACGUCAGAACAGAUGACCAGACAGUGAUAUUCAACUACACACUGCAGAUGCUGGGAAUAGAGCAACCCUCUAAUCCAGACACUACUCUGUUCAAUUUGUUUGAUGUGUUCACCCAGAGUCCCCUCUAUGAAUCAGUGUCCUGGAACUCCCCUUUAAUGGUCCAAGUGGAGGCAUAUGAAGUGGCAACGCUUAUUGUCAUCGAGCUAGACGACGACAAAGACAAUAGAUAUGAAUUGGACUGCGUUUGAGUUUAUUAUUUGAAAAAUGCAAAGUGUUGCGUUUAGUUUAUUGAACUCGCACUAACAAAGAUAGAGAUAUUAAAUCAAAUU